UCUCUCUUGUCUCUCUCGUCUCUCUCGUAUCAUCGCUUCUGAUUUCCUCCGUCGCUUCACCAUCCUCUCUGUUUCUGGGAUGGGUGAUUUCUUCAAUGAGAUUCGAUUCAGACUUAGGACAACGUUGGUGUUGCAGCUGUUGCUUUUGGAACUUCUUACUAUCAUCUUCACCCUAACGAUGCAACUCUCCUCUGGGAUCGUCUUCUUCAUUUUAUAUUGGAGGUUUUUCGAUGACCUUAAACCAUAUGCUUUAGUACAAUUUGUUCAUUGCAUUGUCAUUCCCUUGAUGGUUAUUCUAUCACCUCCAAUGUAUACACAUUCUACGUAUUGGCUUUGGGCUGCAGGAUUUUAUCUCUUAGCUAAGGUGGAAGAAGCUGCUGAUAAGCCUAUAUAUAGUUGGACUCAUCAUAUUAUUAGUGGCCAUUCUCUGAAGCAUUUGUACGCUGCUAUGUUCCAUGUCUUCCUUACCCUCGUGCUUGCAAAAAAACCGUUCAAACUGAGAGGUACAUUCUCAUAUAUAUAUGAAAUGACCGGGAAUUGCAGAUCCAUAUUCUUGACUCAUGCAUUCCAUUGUUGGAUGUUGUCACAGUUAACACUUAUGUUUGAAUUUAGAUGUCUGCUUGUAUGUUGUUUCUGUUUAUGUUUAUGUUUAUGUAAUGAGUUUAACUUGUUUGAUUUCAUAUAUAAUCACAAUCAGUUGAUGUUUCUUUGUUAUGUAAUGAAUUUAAGUGCUUCAGUUUUGUUUUUAUUUUCUUAA